AAAUGUCGCAUCCACAGAUAUGUAAUCAUUUAUAUGGAUUUAUAGUUUCAUCUUCCCACACGUAUUAAUAGGACAUGAACUGCUAUACAUUUACCUUCUAACAUCCCCUCUAUCUUUCUCGUGUCCAUAUGACCCCGGCCGGCCUAUUUUUUAUCAGCUUUGCCAAAGUAUGAAUGAUAUAAUAUCAAUUAUGUAAACAAAAUCUUUAUACCUUUUAUUUCUGUGGCCAUAAUAAUAAUAAUGAAUAAACUAUUAGAUAUUUAACUGUCAAGCAGAAAUUAAGCUAAUAUUUAAUUUAAGUUUAUAGUUACAACUUUUUUGAAAUCGAGUCAAAAAUUUUUAACACUAAGGAAGUAUGUAAAGAUUCAUAGAUUUGUAAUGUUUUCAACAAAUUUUAGUUUUUAAAAUCAAAUUUUAUUGACUGAUAAUUAAAUAAUUGUAUUAUGUACAUUUUUAACAGAACUAUUUUUUAAAUUUUUAUAUGAAUUUUAAACUUUUAAAUAUAAUUGUAAUAUGUGAUUUGGAAUUAUUAUAAAGUUUUAUUUUGCAAUGAAACAACAACCAAAUCAUAGAGCCUUUGCUUCUUUAAAAACUGGAGUUUCUACUAAUACUAAUUCUAAUAACAAUGGAGUUUUGUCCUCGCCAUCAUCAACUUCACUGUUAUCUUCAAACUCUUCAUCAUCAUCCUCAACUACAUUACUCGCUCCAACACAACAGAAUACUACAUAUGGAGGAUCAUCAUUAGUUAUAAAUCAGAAUAAUAUUCAAUCAUAUUAUAUACAGUGUCAUAAAACAUCAAAAAAAAUUAAUUAUAAAAAAAAAUUGAAACCCCCAAAAGUAUUUAUAAUAAAACGUAAUAUACGUACAUGUAGUCUUUCUAUACCGGAACAAAAUCUCUUGGAUUGUGCUCGACAUGUCCGUGAAAUGGUUAACACUUAUACAAGAGAUUGGCUGGUUGUAGAUUUGUUUGAUAGUGAUAAUAUUAAAGAUAUAAGCAAAUUACAACACAAUUUUGGAUAUUCUUCUGAUCAUAGUGAUUCAUCAUCUGAUAAUACAUCAUCAAAAAGUUUAAUUGUAUAUGAUGAAGAAGUUAUUACAUCAAAUAAAACAUCAACAACAUCACUUCACAGGGCAGCUUCUGCUCCAUCAGCUCCAUAUAAUUUACUUUCAGCAGUUUCGUCUUCUAAACAUUACAAUUCAAAUGCACAUCCCAAACAACCUCUCCCUGCACCAUCAGGAUUAAAAAAUAAUUGUCCAAGUGCUAACUCUACCAUGAUACCACCUUUGUUGGAUGAUGUAUUGCAUUAUGAUAAAAAUUUUAAACAAAAACAAAACUUGAAUAAUAAUUUAAGACAACGUACAAAGUUAUUUUCUCUUUAUAAAAUUGAAAAUUCUAACUUUAGUGCCAACUCUUUCACAAACAUUCCAUCAAUACCAUGUGAUUAUACAGGCAUGCAUCACUUUUGUCGCUUACUUGUUGAAUGUAUUCAAUUAGAAUGCAGUGACACUGGAACAACUCAACAAGAUUCUAUAUCUGGUUAUGUUACAUCAGAUUCACUUACAUCUCAAUCGUCAAAUGGAACUAAUCAAAGUACUUUGAGUAUUCAAAACCUUUCUGGUCAUAUGGCACUUUAUGAUUUACGGACAAAGCGAAAAUUAACUGAAAACUAUUAUUUAAACUUGCAUAAUCAAAAUUCAGUGAUUCGUCAUCAAAAUGCAUGUGUUAUUGAUAUUCCUAAAAAUAGUAAAAAUAAUGCAGUACAUGGCGAAGAUUUGUUUUUAGUGAUUAGAUUGGAAAAGCCCCUUCAGGGAAAACAACGCAAUGAAAAUAGUAUAUCACAUACAACCAGUUUGGAUAAAGCUUCUGUACACUAUAAAACUCCAUAUGCUUGGACUGCAGUUCAUCUUGCUGAUGUAUUUGGAACAAAUCACAAAAGCUCUUCAUCCAUGGACAGUUUAGACCGUAAUAAUGUAAAUUUAAAUUCAACAAAUAGUUUAGAUAGUAGAUUUGGAUUAGGUGAGUUUGAAAGGUUUCGUAAAAAAUGGUCAGGACCAAGUGGACAAACAGAUCAUCAUUUAGUGACAGCAACAAUGGUACAACAUCGAGGCUCUCUUGACCGCCGCUCCAGCAAUCAGUCUUCAAUUAUCCCUAAUGAAAACUCUAUAAAAAACAUAGAAACAACAGCUACUAUGGAUCGUUUAAUUAAAAAUACAAAUAGUAAACAAAGAAGGUAUAGUUGGUCAGAAGAAGAUUUCUUGUGUAACUCUGGUAGCGUUCAAAAUAUUAGUGAUAGUACUCAUCAUUGCCGAAAUUUUCGUUAUCCUACAAGUGUUGACAAUAAUAUUCCUGAUUUUAGACCACUUACACUCACUAUAAAUGGAUUUUUUAAACAAGAAACUGACAAAUUAAAGGACGAAGAUCUUUACAAAUUGUUACACGAAUUAAAAUGUCAAACAUGGAGUGGAAAUACUGGGGAUCAAUAUUCUAGUAAUAUUUCUGGAACAAGUUGUCAUUCAGGAACUUCAUCAUUAUUAUCUAACAACACUUCAUCACCUGGUGGUAUUGGUAUUCUAGCAUCAAAAAAGCUUAAGAAUCUCAACCCCACUAAUCACAAUGGAAGUUCACCAACCUGUAUUAAAUUAGAUAUUUCACUAUUUUCUACUGAAGAUAAUUCUUUAGAAAAUGUGUUUACUUCUGAUCUAUUACCUUUAGCUAGUAAAAAUAAGCAUUGUAAUAAGGAAUUAGAAAAUGAAAAGACAGCAUCCAUAGUGAGGGAACUUUUAGAAUUUCCUUUUAUUAUUCAUUCAAUAUCAAAUAGUAACCCUACAACUAUUGAUAUUACUACACCAAAUUAUGUAUAUAGAAAUCUUCUAUUUAUUUAUCCUAAAGAGCUCAAUUUAACAAGUCGUACUGGUUCAGCAAGAAAUAUUACUGUAAAAAUUCAAUUAAUGUGUGGAGAGCAACAGCCUGUAGAUGCUAUGUAUGCAAUAUUUAAAGGGGAUGGAGGUUAUAUUGAAAAUAAUUCGAAAAAUUGUUUUACCAAUGAAGCAUAUACUUCAAUAACUUAUCAUCAACGUUGGCCCUCUUUUUAUGAUGAAAUUAAAAUAAAACUUCCUGCUGAUAUACAUGGACGUGGAGGUGAUGGAAUGGACAAAAAUGGAAGUAAAAAUUAUCAUUUAUUAUUUACAUUUUAUCAUGUAAGUUGUAGUAAAGGUAAAGAUGGAGAUAAAAAAACUAGUGUUGGACAAAAUUCACGUUUGGAAACUCCAGUUGGAUAUACUUGGCUACCAUUAUUAAAAGAUAGAGCAUUGGUAGAAGGUGAAUACAGUUUACCAGUUGCUUUACAUCCUAUUGAUCCUAUACUGGCAAACUACUCAUAUAUAACUGCUGAUGUAGCAUUACCUGGUAUUGAAUGGCUAGAUAACCAUAAACCACACUUUGUUGUUUAUUUAAAACCAGUGUCAUCAAUACACCCUAGUGAUUCAGCUCUGAAUAGUUUCUUUUCUUUCUGUAGUUUAUUAGAACCUUUGAUGAAUAAUGGAGGUAAUAAUGAUAAAUUACCAAGAAGAUUAGCAGAAUCUAAUAUCGAAGCAGAACUAAAACACAGAAUCACUAACCUAACCAAAGCUGCAAUGAGACCACUAGUUCAAUACAUUCAUGUUGUAUUAGAUAAACUCUUUACAUUAUUAAUAGAGCCUCCUAGGUGUAUGAACAGUACUGGGACAAUGGAUAUUGGUUCUUCUGUAUUUCAUACAUUACAACAACUAAUUUCGAUGAUUACAAAAGAACAAAAUGGAAACGAAAUAUUACAAAGCUAUAUUAAGUAUCAUUAUUGUUGUGUUAUUUUAACAAAAGAAGAAAGUGAUGGAAUAGGAUUAGAAAAUUACUUUGAUUUAGAAAAAAUAUCUGUUGAUUCUUUAUCAACAGAUUCAUCACCUUUAAUAGAUAAGGAAAUUGUCUCUUCAUUUAGUGAUUCAGUUUUUAAAGCAUAUAGUACAUCUUUAAAAAAAAAGUCUGAAAAUAUUAUUAAAACUAACAAUCCUCAUCAUAAUGAGAAAAUUAAAAAAUGUGUCACAGCAUUAAAUAAACUACAAACUCUUCAACAAUGUAUCAUUGAACAAUGGACUUUAUGUACUGAUGUGCGUAUAGCAGCAGCCACCGAUUCUACUUUUUUUUUUGAUGCUAUAGUUAAAUGCAUUGCACUAGGAGUAACAUUAUGUUAUGAUGAAAAUCAAAUAAAUAAGACACCUAGCAUUGCAAAAUUCACUGAACAAUUUUUGCAAGAUUUACAUGUUAUCUUAAUUCACUUUUAUAAAAAUAUUGCUGAGUGCAUUACUACUUUGGACAGUGGCAAUAAUUAUUUAGAUCGUAUCAAAUUACUCAAUAAAAACAUUGCAAAAUUUUUAAAAGAUUUACUAGUAGUUUUUGUUAGUGAUGAUAAUGGAUUAAAGUAUGUAUAUGGAUUAAUUGAAGAAUAUAUUUCCAUAAUGGCUACUAAACAAAAAUUAAAUAACAAUAAUGGGAGACCUUAUUCAAUUCUAUCAAGUUUAAAGCUUGACUUCUUAAGAAUUUUAUCAGACCAUCAGUAUUAUACAGAAUUAAAUUUAUUGAAUAACAGUGAUGAUGAAAUAUUUUUAACUGAUUUGUGUAUUGAAUAUAAAAAAAAACAUUAUCUUUCUUCACUUGUACUUCAAGAAUUUAUCGAAGUAUUAAAGUCUCCUUAUAAUGAUUCAAAAGUCAAAGAAAAAUCUACUGAGUUAAUUAUUUGGUUGCUUCAGAAACAUGAUUUGAAAAUUGGAGAUUCAAAUGUAGCUAUAGCUUGGCUUUAUAUUCCAAUUUUAAGUGCUUUUUUAAAAGAUAAAGUAUUAUUAGAUGCACUUUUAUCUCAUGAAGAUAAAUCUGACGAAAAAGAUUUUAAUAGUAAUGUUGAUGAUGACAAUAUUAAAAGAAGAAGCAGUCAUAGAACAGUUUCAUUUGAAGCAAUAUCAUCAUCAAAUAUUGCAAGUGUAAAAGCUGCAAUAAAGUUUAAGUCAACAUUUAUAUCAGAAAAGACAAUAAAAAAUAUUUUAGCCACUAUUUUGUGGAUAUUAAAAAAUUCAGAAGAAGAAAAUGCAGAAGAUCUCAAUAAUGAACCUUUUACACAGUAUUUAAUUUCAUUAUCGCCAUUAUACUCUAACAAUUUGUUGACUCUGAUGAGUUUAUGUGUUGAACAUUUUAAGUAUACUGCAUAUAAUGAUGGUAAUAUCAACAUAAAUUACAAGAAGAAAAAUGCAGUUCCAAAGCUAAGUAAAUCAUUAUCAUUACAUUGUCCCACUUCGUCUCCUAAUGUGUCUUCUUAUUCUUCAUUACCUCUAUCUUCAAAUCAAAGUCAACCCAAUUCAAGUACAGGAAAUAUGUCUAUACCACCUUUAAAAUCUGUCGACGAUGUUAAAUCACGUUUAGAAGAUGUUAUAUUAGGACGCCAAGGAGCUAGAAACGACCUGAUGGAGAGAAGAAAGUCUUCUACUAAUUCAAAUAGUAAAGUAAGAUGGAAUAAAGAUCUUAUGCAUUAUCAUACUAAUACAUCUGCAUCUGCAUCUCAAAAUGUUGUAAAACAAUUUAAUUACUGUAGUAAAUCAAAUAAAUGUUCAGAAAAAAUUAAUUAUGACUUAUAUAUUGACAAUAUGCUUGCUAAUGAAAUAGGGUUUAUUAUUUUAAAUAUACUAGAAAAAGUCAUAAAAGUGUCAUCAAGAAAUGCUAAGUUAAAUAUACAAUUUUCAAUGAAUACUGUACCGAGUACUGUACGAUUAGCUUUCAAAGUUUUAUUAAAAGCCUUGAGAACAUAUCAAUACCAGACAUAUCCAAGUAAUUGUAAUAAAGGUUCUUUUAUUGGAGCAUUAAAAAAAACUUUUGAAAUAAUAAGAACUACAGUAGCUCAAUACCCAAGACUCUUAUUUAUUCAUCGAGAGCAAAGUUAUGAAGAUGAUGGAGAUUCUGGUUGUGACUGUGAAUUUAUAGAUAAUAAUGAAUGUAAUGAUCUUUUACAAAAAACAUGUCUAGUUAUAAUGCGCCAUUUUUACAUAACUGAAGGAAAAUGUAGUUGCAACGAAGAUACUAUUUUAAUGCAAGCUUCAGCCACAUAUUAUUGGUUGAUGAGAGUUAGUUAUGAACUAGAUAAUAACUUUGCACGUGUAAAAAUGUACGGUGCAUUAGCUUUAAGCUGUAUUUUGGAAAAAUCAGGAGUUGAAGAUCAAUGGUACUGUACAAAUAUAGAUGCACAACGAUAUAAAGGCAUAAAAUUGGCAUUACAAAUUGUUAUGAGAUAUGGUGAGAAUGAUGAUAUAAGUAGUUUCAAUGAGGUUUCAACUACUCUAAAUACAGUAACAUUUAAUGAACAGGUGAAAGAAAGUAUAGACGGAAUGUUUAAAGUUAUUAAGUAUAUGAACAAAAUAUAUGAAGUUAUAAAACACAAUAAUUAUGUAGGAGACACUUCGUUGAUAAUGAAUCCAUCACUUUUAAUUUCAUCUGAAGAUUCACAAAUGCUGUUAGAAUUUAUGUAUUCUAUAGCCUGUGGAUACCAACAGGCAUCCGCUUGCCUUAUGCCUCAAUUAAGAUUGAGAUGGUUAAAACGGAUGGCAAAUGUCCAUGUUAAAAAUGGAAAUCAUUGUGAAGCAGCAAUGUGUUGUAUAAGUGGAACUGCUCUUCUUUGUGAAUAUUUAAAGAGAAGUGAUGAUGGAAAUCACAAUCUAUCUGUAUAUAAGGGUGCUGCUUGCUUAGAAUAUAUUAGUCCAAAUGUAUUAGUAGAAGAAAGUGCUGUGUCUGAUGAUUUAUUUAUGGAAGAAAAUAAUGAUUUGUAUGAAAUUUGUGAAAAAAUAUUAUUAGAAGAACAAGUCGAGGGAUCUACAUCUUAUUAUUCAUUACUAGAUUUAAUAACUAUUGAAUUACAAAAAGCUGUAGAUUUUUUGUGGAAAGCCACUAUGUAUGAAAAAAUGGCUAAGAUUUAUAACAAAUUGCUAAUACCAUUAAUAGAACUUGGUUAUGGUAAUAACACUAAUGAAGAUCUUGGUAGAUAUGAAAGAUUGGCUGAUGCUUAUGGAAAAUUAAAAGAAGCAUAUGUCAAUUUAGACAAAAAAGAAAAAAAAACAAAACCUAGUAGUGAGACUUAUAACGAUUGCACUUAUUUUAGAGUUGGAAUUUAUUACAAUGGUAUGAGUGAUGUGGAUGAAAGUAAUAGUGAAAGUAAUGAAGAAUCCACUGAUUUAGCAUUUUGUGGCAAACAGUACAUAUAUAAAGAACCACAACUAACUAAAUUAUCAGAAAUUUUUGAUAGACUACAGUCACAUUAUUCAGAAAAGUAUGGAGCUGAAAAUGUUAUUGCAGUUAAGCAUUCAAAUAGAAUUUCAGGAGAAUCAAUUGAUAAUAAAAAAAAAGUUUACAUUCAAAUAACUUAUGUGGAACCUUGUACUGCUCCAUCUUUAAGAUUAGCAUCUCAUAGUAUUUAUUCUAACAAAAAUAAUGAAGAUGUUGAAAAUAUUAAACGAUUUGUUUAUUCAACACCAUUUACAUUAGAUGAUGAUGGUCGCACUCAUGCUUGUCAAUUAAGAGACCAAUAUAAAAGGAAAACUUUGUUAACAACAGAACGUAGUUUUCCUUACAUACUUACUCGAAUACCUGUAAUGAAGAGCAGUACUAACAUGGCCAUAAGCCGUAAUGUCACUCCUAGUAGAAGGUCUGUAGAACAUAAUUGUGGAGAUAAUAUGGAAGUAGUGGUAAUGCAGCCUAUAGAAGUAGCUAUUGAAGACUUGCAAAAAAAGACUCAAGAGUUGUCUAGGAGUAUUAAUCAGUCACCUGCAGAUGCAAAAAUGUUACAAAUGGUAUUGCAGGGAUGUAUAGGUACUACGGUAAAUUGUGGUCCAAUGGAAAUGGCUACAGUAUUUUUAUCCCAACAACAAAAUUUAAGUAGUCAAAAUUCUAAAACAAUUACAAGACUCCGAAAUAAAUUAAGAUUAUGCUUUAAAAAUUUUUCAAAAAAAUGUGCUGAUGCAUUAGAAAAAAAUCGUGGACUCAUUGGGCCUGAUCAACGCCAGUAUCAACAAGAAUUGGAACGAAACUAUACACGUUUUUCAGAGCAAUUAGCACCAUUAUUGAUUAGUAGUUAUAAUAAUGGACAGUAAAGCGAUUUUUUUUUAAUUUAUUCAAGAGUGACUUUUGUGUACACUAUUUGUAAAAUUUAUUUCAAAAAUACCAGUUAUUUUUAAAAUAUUUUUGAAUUAUUACCAAUUUUUUAAAACUAUUUUUACUUUUAUAAUUUUUAACAAAUAUCAACUUUGAGUGUUAUUUAUUUCUUAAAAAUGUGUAUAAAUAAGAAGAAUUAUUGAUCAAUUCUAAAUUUGUGCAAUGUUUAAAAUGUUUACUAAAUAAUUGAACUCAUUCACGUUCACUUUCAUUUUUUUAUCAAAUGUAAUGUAUACAUUCAUUAAUAUAACAAAUCAAUUCAGAUAAAUUUAUAUUUCUGCAAGAAAUAUAGAAGUCAUAUAUUUAGUGG